AUGGCGGAGGCAAUUCCCAUCUCUACCCAGCAGGUCCCCGACAAGAGCGAAGUAGAGCUGGACUUCAAGGACAUUCUCGGCCCUAUGGGUAGCAAUACAUGCAAGUAUGAGAGGGUGCGCGAUCUCGGUUCUGGUUCUUUUGGCAAGGCGCUGCUGGUGCGCCGCGUGUCGGAUGGGCAGCUACUCGUAGCCAAGCGCAUGGAUCUGACGACGAUGUCGGAGAAGGACAAGAAGUACGCGAUGGCGGAGAUUCAGUGUCUCGCCUCAUGCGACCACUUUGCUAUCAUUAAGUACCAUGAGGAUUACGUGGUGGAGCCACACAUAGUCAUCAUCAUGGAGUUUGCUGACGCUGGCGACCUGAACAUGCAAAUCAAGCAGCGCGCCAAGGACGGGUUCAUCUACUUCGAGGAGCACGAGGUUGGCUAUACCAUUGUGCAGUUAGCCAUGGCGGUCGACCACAUUCACCGCCGCCGCAUACUACACCGCGACAUCAAGGGGGCCAAUGUGAUGCUCAUGACGAACGGCGUCAUCAAGCUUGGUGACUUCGGCUUCAGCCACCAAUACGAGAGCACAGUGAGUGACCAGGUUGCCCAAACGUUCUGCGGCACGCCGUACUACCUCGCACCGGAGCUAUGGGGCCACCAGCGGUACAGCAAGAAGGCGGAUGUGUGGGCCAUGGGUGUUCUUCUCUUUGAGAUGAUGGCGCUUCGCCGCCCGUUUGUUGGGCAGGGAAUGCGCGCGCUGUCGGAGGCGGUGAUGUGCAGCAAGCGCGACUGUGAAUUGCCGCAGCAUUAUAGCCGCGCACUAAAGGAGUUGUGCAAUAUUAUGCUGCGAGCAGACCCGAACCUGCGUCCCUCCUGUGCGCAGCUCUUCAAGUUGCCAUACAUGAUGAAGUUACUUAUGGACUUCGGUACGAGCGUAGACAACUCACAGCUCGUGAGCGACUCCCUCAAGACAAAGAUUCACACAAACAUCUGUGAAAUUCGUCAAGCAAGCGCACAUGACCCGGAGGCGUUCGGGUUUGUCGGUCACGUUGGCACCGUGUGCUCAUCCGUCUUCUAUGAGGGUUACGUGCGUAAGGAGAGUGGAGAAGCGUGGAAAGAACGCUUUCUUGUGUUGCGUGACGGCGGCCUUGUCAUCAGCCGACACAAAGGCGACAAGGAGACGAAGCCGCUGCCUGUGACGUUCAUCGACAGUGCCGUCUUCGUGCCGGAGAAGUCUGCUUGCGCGCCUGGCGUCUUCGCAAUCCACCUAAGAGACGCCAAGACAAUGUGGCUCCAGGCGCUGCCGCCGGAAACAGCGGGGAUAUGGGUGCAUAAGAUUCAGCAGUCGAUUGGCAUAUCGUAG